AUGCUUGUUCAAACACUGAAUAACUCUGUGUUAUCGUUUGCUCUUUCUACUUCGUUCGUAAUCCCAAUGGAAUGGUUGUCUCUUGCUGCUUCAACUGCGGUGUUCAAUAAAAUAAACAAGGUGGUUAUGUUCCAGCUUACAAAUUCAAAAUCAAAUAAUCUCACUCGGAAACAGUUUGCACAAAUUCUGAGACUACCAACUUCAGGUACUUUCUAUGAAGUUACAAAUGAUCAAGUUAUUCAUAUGUUCAAAGAAAUGGGACAUCAACCUACACUCACUGCAAUUAGCCACUUUAAGAAGUCCAGUCUUCCAUGUGUGUAA